UCAUAUCUCAUUUUAGAAAAAUGUAGGUACUAACUUGUUGAAGUUAUUUAAGAUUGUCAUUAUACCCUCACGCAGGUGAAAUACUUACAAUCGAAGAAUUAUAAAACAUUCGAGUACACGAACAUAACGUUUACUCACGCCGAGAGCCCCGUGUGGGAUCCUGAUAGCAGCAUGCUGUACUGGGUCGACGUGAUCAACCAAGAUGUUCACGCCUUGCACUAUUACACGAAGAAGCAUAAAGUUAAACAUAUUAAUUAUGGUGAAGUUAACAUAGUAAUUCCAAUACAAAACAGCAGUCGGCUCCUACUAGGUGUCAGAAAUGAGUUAUUUCUAAUGGACUGGAAUAAGCCAGGGGACACUGCCCUAAGGUUCCUGGCAGCUUUCGACUUGGGCUCGCCCGAUAACAUUCUCAAUGAAGGAAAGGCGGAUGCAUUGGGACGAUUUUGGGGAGGUACAAAAGGUCGUCAGAAAGGCAAUGUGGUGAUGCACGACGAGGGAGCACUAUAUAGCAUCAUAGCACCGGACUUUACGCCUAAAGUCCAGUUGAAACCGGUGUCCAUCUCCAACGGGCUCGUGUGGUCACUCAAUAACACUAUUAUGUACUACAUAGAUUCGCUGUCCAGGAAGAUUGAAGCCUUCGACUUUGAUUUAGUUAAAGGACGGAUAAGUAAACGUCGCACUAUCUUGGAAAUAGAUGAUUAUUGGGAUGAACAAGUUAUAGCGGACGGAAUGACCAUAGACAAGGAUGGAUUUUUAUGGAUAGCUUUGAUGUUUCACGGUUGUAUAGCCCGUAUCGAUCCAGACAAGAAAGAAAUAGUGGAACGAUACAAGUUACCAGUGACCCUCACCACUUCCCUGACUUGGGGAGGUCCAAACUUCGGCGAUCUCAUUGUAACCACAUCCCGAAGGAAUUUGGAGCCUGACAAGCUGAAGGAUCAACCGUUAGCUGGUGCAGUCUUUGUGUUACAUCAUAUGGGGACUUCGGGGGUACCAAAUCAUAAAUUCGUUUUUAAUAAUGCUGAUGAAUAUUGAAUACUGAGUGGUUCGUGAAGGUUGGCUGGUAUUGGCAAUGAAGCAUUUUGAGGAAGUGU